AUGCCGAGAAAGGCUACGCUAACCGGCUUUGGAGGGUUCGUUCAGUCCUUGGAGUUCUAUAGGGAACUCCCUAGCGUGGUUCAAGGGUUGGUGGAUGCUGCGGGGUUCGGUACGUUCGUUCAGGUCUUGACAACGCCUAUUCGAAACAACCAUGCUUUGCUGACAGCCUUGGUGGAGAGGUGGUGGGAUACCACUAAUACCUUCCACCUCCCACAUGGGGAGAUGACAAUCAUGCCACUUGACUUUGCGGCGAUUACAGGUUUAAGAGUGGGCGAUGACCCAAUCCCCUUCGACAUGGGCCUUGCGAAUGAUGAUGUGGCUCUGCAAUGGUUCUUGGGCUUCGUGCCUAGAGUGGAGAAUGGCUCGAUCAUGUAUGCGAGUUUGAGGCGGCGGUGGAACCAUGAUCCUGCUAGUGAUGAGGAGGCCGAGCAAAUGGCUAAAGCUUACUUGCUGUACCUUUUUUGUGCUUCUUUAUUUCUGAACAGGCACAGCCGGGUACACGUGUCCUUCUUGCCGGCCUUGCAGCAUUUGCAAACAAUUGGUUGUUUUGACUGGGGUGGUAGCGCUCUUGCGGCUUGUCAUAGCUUUAUAGGAGCUGCUUCUCGAGGUGUUUCUACCGCAGCUAAUAGCUUUGGGCUUACGAGGUGUUAG